CACAGGAAGCACAGCCCCGCAAGAGCUCCCGGGCUGGGACCCCGGAGAGAAACAUACAGUACGAGGAGCGCACGGGGCGUUGGGGCGUGCAGCGUGGUGACAGGUCGCUGAUCUAACAAGAAGGAAAAGUAUUCAGGAUCAUAGAGCUCUGGGUUCCUGGUCGAAUCGCGAUAGCUGCACAGCAGAAAUCGCCAUAAUGGUUUCGUAAUAAUCGGAGGACGGAAAAGUGUGGAAAAAAAGGGAAAAUCUGAAAACGUCUCUCUAUAAUUUGCAGAACACUGGCAUCUUAAAGACGAAAAUACAAAAACGAGCUGUAACGACUUCCGUCGGAAUCGCAGGAUUCUGACAUUAAAAACAAAUCGAUUGGACAGACAGUACAUGAUUAAAACUGGGGCAAAGUGCAGACCGAGCAGAGAGGACCGACACCGUGGAGCCCUUCGGAUGAGGUCUUGCUGUUUGUCAGCUCACAGAACUUUUUGUUACAACACAUUCCAUGUCUUUCCAAGAUCGCACCCGGCUGUCUUGAAUAGCAGUCAUGUCUCCUUAUAGCGUUGGCUUAAAGCGGAGCUGGCUUCAUCUUCUUCUUUGGGUUUUCUGGUUCGGACUUUGGAUACCACCUGCGUGCCCGCACCCUCAAUGUCUGGAUUUCAAGCCUCCCUUCAAGCCGCCAGAAGAGCUCACCUUUUGCGUGAUGUACAAGGAUUUCGGCUGCUGCGAUGCGAUCAAAGACCAGGAGCUAAUGGCUAAAUUCUAUCGAAUCAUGGACAACUUCGAUUAUCACGGAUAUGCGACGUGUGCGGGGUACGUGCAAGACAUUAUCUGCCAGGAGUGCUCCCCGUACGCCGCCCACCUGUUCGACGCCGAAGACCCCAGCACGCCCGUGCGGACCAUCCCGGGGCUCUGCGGGGACUACUGCUCCGAGUUCUGGCUCCAGUGCCGGACCGCCAUCACCCUCCUCAGCGACGACAUGCAGCUGGUGGAGCUGCAGGAGGACCAGGAGCAGCUGUGUCAGUACCUGGAGCUGGGGGACCGGGACUACUGCUACCCUGGGCUCCUGGCCAACGAGCGGCUGGCGAGGAACCUGGGCCGCGUGACGGCGGACGCGGAGGGCUGCCUGCAGCUGUGCCUGGAAGAGGUGGCCAACGGCCUCAGGAACCCGCUGGCUAUGGUGCACGCCAACGACGGCACCCACAGGUCCUUCAUCGCCGAGCAGGUGGGGCUUGUCUGGGUUUACCUGCCCGAUCGCUCCCGGCUGGAGAAGCCCUUCCUGAACAUCACCGAAGCAGUGCUGACGUCACCCUGGGAGGGAGACGAGCGAGGCUUCCUGGGGCUGACCUUCCACCCGAAUUUUAAAUACAAUGGAAAGCUUUACGUCUAUUACUCUGUGGAGGUGGGUUUCGAGGAGAAGAUAAGAAUCAGUGAGUUCAGAAUUUCCCCCGGAGACAUGAAUACUGUGGACCACAGCUCAGAAAGGAUUAUUUUGGAGAUCGAGGAACCAGCGUCAAAUCACAACGGAGGUCAGCUGCUCUUUGCUGAUGAUGGAUAUUUAUAUAUCUUCACUGGAGAUGGCGGAAUGGCAGGGGAUCCUUUUGGGAAAUUUGGAAAUGCUCAGAACAAGUCGGCCUUGCUGGGCAAGGUUCUCCGGAUCGAUGUGGACGAUAACGAGCGCGGGCCGCUGUACCGAAUCCCCCCGGACAACCCCUUCGUGCGCAGCCCCGAGGCGCGGCCCGAGGUGUACGCCUACGGCGUGCGCAACAUGUGGCGCUGCUCUGUGGACCGGGGGGACCCCCUCACCAAGGAGGGGAAGGGCAGGAUCUUCUGCGGGGACGUGGGGCAGAACAAGUACGAAGAAGUGGACAUCAUCGAGCGAGGAAGGAACUAUGGCUGGAGAGCGAGAGAGGGGUUCUCCUGCUACGAUAAAAAACUCUGCGCUAACAGCUCCUUAGGUGAUGUGCUCCCUAUUUAUGCCUAUCCACACAAGAAAGGGAAAUCAGUCACCGGAGGGUACGUCUACAGAGGCUGUGAAUACCCCAACCUGAAUGGCAUGUAUAUAUUUGGAGAUUUCAUGAGCGGGCGCCUGAUGAUGCUGCAGGAGAGCAGGCAGAGUGGGCAGUGGGACUACCACGAGAUCUGCAUGGGCACUGCCCAGGCCUGCGCCUUCCCCGGCCUCAUCAACAACUACUAUUCUUACAUCAUCUCCUUCGCGGAGGACGAGGCGGGGGAGCUGUACUUCAUGUCCACUGGAAUCCCCAGUGCAACCUCGUACUCGGGGGUCGUGUACAAGAUUGUGGACCCCUCACGACGAGCACCACCAGGAAAAUGUCAUUAUGACCCUCUGCCAGUUAGAGUUAAAAGCAAGAUCAUACCGUUCGAACCAAAGGAGAAACUGAUAGGGGAUGUCCUUCCCACCAAAGGCCCGGUGAGGCCCCAGCCGAGAACAACACCGGGCCCCCAGCCGGCGACCCCAGACUGGCUGGAGCAGCUGAUCGAGAGGCUGAGGCAGCAGCAGGCGUCCACACGGGGAACACCCGCGGCGCCCGCCACCACCACGACUGCGGCCCCCCGCACGCCCAGGCCGGCAAGGCCGCACAAGGGGGGCCGCAGGAGGAAGGGCAAGCACCGGUCCGAGGGCCCCGUCCGGAACGGCGCCCUGCGGCUGGCAGGCGCGGAGGGCCGGCCGGACCGGGGCAGGGUGGAGGUCUUCGUGGACGGCCGCUGGGGGACGGUCUGCGACGACCUGUGGAGCGCGCAGGCGGCCGCGGUGGCCUGCCGGAAGCUCGGUUUUCGCCACGCGGUCAAGGCCUCCAAGCAGGCGGAGUUCGGGGAGGGGAAACACCUGCCCAUCCUGCUGGACGACGUCCAGUGCGCCGGGACGGAGGAGAGCCUGCUGGACUGCCAGCACGCCGGCAUCGGCAAUCACAACUGUGCGCACUACGAAGACGCAGGAGUGAUAUGUGCAAACACAGCAUAUAUAGAAUAUUAGAGUGUAAUGUUAGUAAGGUCAUCAGGUUUAAUUUCCACCCAGAAACAUCAAACCUCACUUCUGAUUUUUGUUGGUACUGGCACAGCAGUCUACCUCUUCAUUACAGGACACUGUUUCCAAAUUCAGAAUGGCCUUUGAGUUAAUAAGCCCUAACAGUUGUGAACUCUGAAUAGAGCAAAUGGGGUUCAGAGAUGAUGAUCUGAGAUUAUCUAACUACUGGUGACAUGCUGUAGUCUUGUUCCUGCAUUGUUAAAUGUAUGCAGACUUAUUAUACCUGACCUAAAUCAGCACUCAAGUUAAUUUCACUUCUUGUGCAGACAUACUAAAAUGAAUGAAAAAUCUGGCAUUAGCAGUAUUUACUUUCCCUUUGUUUUAUACAUAGCAGUUACUGUACGUCAGUUUUGACUCAUACUGGGCUUUGUGUAAUUAGUACCCUCCAAUUUCUCAUCUUAAUUGCAAUUAUAUUAUAUUUUAUGUUGUAAAACACUUCUAAAUGUUUUCUUUAAGUUACAUUUUUUAUUGCAUGUCAUCAUUUCUUCCAAAAGAUCUAUAGUUACAGGAAUUGCAUGUGUGCCAAAAACACUCUACAUAAAACAGACUCAUGUCAUUACUAUGGUGGUAAAAAAGAUAUUAACAUACCUUGUUAACAUUUUUGUGCAACUUGGUUUGUACAUUUUAAAUGCUGAAACACUUUUGGAGUACUACACUAUUGAACCAUUGUGUGCUAAUUUCUUUGGUUACAGUUUUAAAACCUUAUUUUAAUUUUAAACAUAACCUCUGGUAAGGGAAUACAAAUCACAAUUUUCUGUUCAUCCCUAAAUGUGACAUCAACUUUAACAUAUUUAAUAAGUGGACUAUAUAUCUCAACAUUACACAAAGAUACAUAGGUGUUUUUUGUGUGUUUGAUCUAAACAUUAAAAACUGUUGAUUUUAAAAUAGGUUUGGUGAUUGGAUAUUGUAUUGACUGAUUGUGUUGACUAAUGGGUUCAACAAUUUAGUUAUAUUGCAUGAUUAGCAUAGAGUUCUGAAGAAGGAUCUGAACCCUCUUCCUCGAACCCAUGUUGCUAUCUUCUUUCAUCAGUUUCCUCUGUAUUCCCACCCACCAAAAGGUCCUGUUUCAAACCCUCCAACUUUCUCCUUCCUCACUAAACCCCCUGUUCGUCCUCUGCCUCAUCAGUCAACUUUGCCUCCUUUUCACUUCCAAAGUCCACAACAUAUCUGCAGUGUUUGGCCUCUCUAGUUUGGCUUUUGCUCUCUCUGUAUUAAUAUACCCUGCUUUCCUCUCUGUUACUCUUCUCAGUCAGGUCCUGCCUCUCUCUCUUAAGUCUUAAUUGUUUUGACAGCCUCCCUGACCUGGGAUUUCCUGGCAUGGCUCACUCCCAGUUCUUCUCCUAGAUCACUGAUUGCACAUACCAGGUCUCCUGGCGAGAACCUAAUUCUGCUCCUUGCUCUCUUUCCACUGGGGUUCCCCGAGGUUCUGUCCUGGGCCCCUACUGUCUUUCUGCUGCACCCACUCUCUCCCUGGGUCCUCUCAUGUCUUUUGCUGUUCCUAUCGCUUUCAUGCUGACGAUGCCAACAAUGUUUUUCUUCCUUCUGCUUCUCAUGUGCUUUUCCAUAUCCCUGCUCAUCUCACAGCCACCUCUUGACCCUUUCCUUUUCUACUCUCACCAUUUCUUCUCUGGUACAGUUCUGCCACUUCCUCCUGGUCGACAUUCACCCCACUAUUCAACUCAACUGCUGUUCCAGGUCCUGGAACUCUCCUUCUCGGAGCACGGUAACUCUUUUGGCUAGCCUGCCUGUCAGUGCUAUCAGCCUGCUCCGCCUAAUCUAGAAUCUGUGCCUUCCCUCAUCUGUGUUCAUCCUUGCCUGUUUCAUGCUCCAAUACUCCAGCACUUACACUGGCCCUGUGGCUGCACACAGCCCACUCAGAAUCCUGCGUGUUGCUUACUGCUGUCUGUGACCCUCUUCCUGCCCGUCAGACAGCAGUAAGCAACACGCAGGGUUCUGAGUGUAGGUCAGGGCCAGUGUAGGUGCUGGGGAAUUGGAUAAUCUCUUUUCUCUCCCUUCACUCCCUCUUGCCCUCUCCCCCUCUUCAACCUGUCUUACUCUUCAACACCCCAAACAUGUCCAUUCUCAGCUCUAUUCUUCCUAGUAAUGUACUGGUACUGGUAAUGCAACCUGCUAAUUGCACUUAGUCACUAUGAACACCACACAUACUGUACCUAAAGGGUCUUUAGAUUGCUCUUACAUUCUAGUUCUUACUGCUUCAGUCUGUAUAGUCCAACACCCGCGUUUCAAUGUCUAUUUUGUGACAGCACAUUUGCCAUUUUCUUAAUUUAAUUUAUUGGACUUGUGUAGUUGUUUUUUUUUUGUGCUUACACAUAAUCUAUGUUUUUUACGUAUUAAACGUGAUCCUGAAUAAGGGCAUCUGCUACACCAAUAAAUACUUCUAAUAAUAGCACAAGCCGUCAGCGACGGGAGGACAUCGUUGUGUUUCCAUUUAAUAGAAACGUCAAAAGGUCAAAGGUUGCUGCCCUAAAUUUGACGCCAAUUCGUUGGGUCCACCGAGAGUGAUUGAGAUUAGGUAUCCAAUACUGAAAUGGUCUGGGAAGAGACCCAUGUUUGAACGGUUCAAAAUAGAUGUAAAUGCAUAUUUACAAACUAUAUCUAAAUGUAAGAACUCGAAAGCCGUGCGAACCUUAUCUUUAUUCACCUUUUUUAAUCUGUUUUUCAUAAACUGUAACUGUAUUGCAGUACGUUCCCCUGACGAGGAUCUAGAUAUUGUGUAUGUACUCUUGUUUGUAUUAUAUGUAUUUUUGUUGUUACAAUAAAAAAGGUUUU